AUGAUCCUAGAUCCUCAUGAUCCAUUAAAGUCUAGUGAUCCUCAUGAUCCAUUAAAGUCUAGUGAUCCUCAUGAUCCAUUAAAGUCUAGUGAUCCUCAUGAUCCAUUAAAGUCUACUGAUCCUCAUGAUUUAUUAAAGUCUAGUGAUCCUCAUGAUCCAUUAAAGUCUAGUGAUCCUCAUGAUCCAUUAAAGUCUAGUGAUCCUCAUGAUACAUUAAAGUCUAGUGAUCCUCAUGAUCAAUUAAAGUCUAGUGAUCCUCAUGAUCCAUUAAAGUCUAGUGAUCCUCAUGAUCCAUUAAAGUCUAGUGAUCCUCAUGAUCAAUUAAACUCUAGUGAUCCUCAUGAUCCAUUAAAGUCUAGUGAUCCUCAUGAUUCAUUAAACUCUAGUGAUCCUCAUGAUCUAUUUUGCUAUAUUACUUACUACAGCACAAAUGUAGACUUGUUCAAUCUAUGA